AAACACACACACACACUCUCUCUCUAUAUAUUAUAUAUACCCAACGAUCACCGAUGUGGAUGGGCCUGUCUGUGCAUCCGAAAGACGACGUAUUAAUAUCCGUACCAGAUCACAUCCCGCUUGAGUCCAGAAAUGGCUACCAUGACAGAAACACAGAGGGUGCCGAUUGGCAAGAAGCGGAUCUUCUUGAAUAGCUACGAUGGCCCGACGUACAGAUUAGUGUCCGCUAACCCGCCGCGCGAUUGCACGCCUGAUGAGAUCCCUAUCAUCGAUCUGGAAGGGAUGAAUGGAGACCUUGAUGCCCGCAAGAGCGUCGCUCGUGCGAUCUUAUAUGCGGCGGAAACGAGCGGGUUCUUCUACAUAAAGAACCACGGUAUUCCGGAGCACGUCACAGAUGCCGCUCAUAAGAAGGGCAUAGAGUUCUUUAAACUGCCAGAGGAGCAAAAGCGAAGGCUGGAGUCAAGUACCUCGGCCUACGGGUAUUGUGGCUUCCGGGAACGGCAGGCCAACCCGGCCGAGACCAAGGACAGGAAAGAGGCCUUCAUGUGCCACUACGAGCCCGAGUUUGACCCCCUCCACGAGGGCGUCCUCGAUCAAGUGCCCGCGCACGUCAGGCAGCAUCUCCCCAAGGAAGACUUUGACUGGGUCGACGAGGGGAGCUCUGCUGUGCUCCCGGGAUUCAAGUCAUCAGUGCUAGCCCACUGGCGUGCGUGCCUGGCGCUUUCGCGCCGUCUGAUACGCAUCAUCGCCCUGGCCCUCGACCUCCCCGAGGACCACUUCGAUCCCUUGACAACUUACCCCGGCGGCGAUUUCGCGAUAAACUUUUACCCGGGCCACGGCGACCAGCCGGUCCAAGACCCGGACGAGGUUGGGGUCGGCGCGCAUACGGACCUGCAAAUCCUGACCCUUCUGUGGCAGGACGGGCAUAGGGGCCUGCAGGUGCUCAAUGGGGCGGGGGAAUGGGUGUGGGCACCGCCCAUCAGCGGCACGUUUGUCGUCAACAUUGGCGACUUCUUCAUGCGAAUGACCAACGACAGGCUGAGCUCCACAGUCCAUCGGGUAAUCCAGCAUGGCAGAGAAGAUAGGAUCUCGAUGCCCUUCUUCUUCGGAUUCAAUUUCGACCAGAAACUUGGCGUUCUGCCAACUUGCGUUGACGAGAAUACCCCAGCCAAGUACAAACCUGUAACAUGCGGUGAGCUUAUUGCGAAGCGCUUGGCCCUGGCGGAAACCACUGCCUAGCGAGACUGCUUGGGCAUUCGCCUCGUGGAGUUGGGCCGCAGGAACACGCGUUGGAGAAUCCGAAUCAGGUCAUCUCGAUUGUAGUGGGCUGGCUGCUCUCAAAAGUAAAGUCCGUCUUUCGGGUUUCUCGGGUCGACGCGCAUACCAUUGGUGAAUGGAAAGUCAGCAGGAUCCCGAUUGUCGCGGUAUUUACUAUGUACUCUGUACCAGGUGGACGGCGGUGGACGGUGGUGGACGGUGGUGGACGGUGGUGGACGGCGGUGGACAAGAGCCCCACCCAGACGCUCGGCCCUCUCCCAAGAAGGAGAGACCGUUCAAUGUCAGCGAUUACUAUACAUAGUCACGAAUCAGGAGCCCUGGGAAACUGUGGAUU